GUCCGGCUCCAGCGCGCCGCGCAGCCCCUGGCAGGCUGGGAUUGCUACAGGCGCCAGGCAGGACUCGCUGGCAGAUUAUGGUUGUGCUAUUCCAGGGGCCAGGCCUACGAGUGCACCACUGCCGCGCGGGGGCUACGGGCUUGCAAGGCGGCCGUGCUCGCAGCUCGGGUUUAUGGUGCCCCGUGCCCGUUCAAGGAGCAGCGUUGAUCCCCGCGGCUCAGGGCAGAGAAGAAUAGCCGCUGGAGAGCUGCACUGCCCUGGCCACUGACGCUAUGGAAGACCGCAUCCGCUGGUCUAGUCUAUAGGAUGGUAGCGCACAGUAAGGUGGCAGCAGAUAAUGCAGUUGCAGCAGACCCGAGAUGUCGACUUGACCCCCCAGCACGGGAUCAUUCUCGGCCUAGAGGCUACCAUGGCCCGGCUCGGUCCAACACUGGGCAGGCACAGAGCGACACACACUUCCGAACUUUCCGCUCACAGGCGGAUUUCAGUAGCAUCACCCGAGCGAGUGCCCUGCUGGAUGCAUGUGGCUUCUACUGGGGUCCACUGACUGUCAGCGCAGCCCACGAGAAGCUGAAAUCUGAGCCUGAGGGCACCUUCCUCAUCAGGGACAGCAGACAAAAAAAUUGCUUCUUUGCCAUCAGUGUUAAGACUGCUACUGGGCCCACCAGCAUCCGAAUAAACUUCCAGGCUGGGCGUUUCAGCCUGGAUGGCAGCAAGGAGAGUUUCGACUGUCUCUUUAAGCUACUGGAACAUUAUAUAAGCUCCCCGAGGAAGGUGCUGGUCACCCCACUACGCAAAGUCCGUUUACGGCCAUUGCAGGAGCUCUGCCGGAAAAGCAUUGUGGCAACAUUCGGGAGAGAGAAUUUAAACCACAUCCCUCUCAAUCCAGUUUUAAAGGACUACCUGAAAUCUUUCCCAUUUCAGAUAUAAAUACAGCAUUAACUGUGCGCAUGUGUGUGUGAGAGAGAGAUGUGUGAAAACAUUUGGGUUUUUUAAUCUAUUUGGGAGUGACCAAAUUUAUAUUUGUAGCAACUUACUGUAUUUUGUGAUGGAACCUGAACACUUGACUUCUUAUGUUUACACAAACUGUUUGCACAAACCCAGGGUUUUUAAACUCUGGCAUUAUUUUUCUGCUGGGCAGAAUAUUCUAUUUUAUAAUAUUUCUAAUGAAAAUAAUGUAAUAAACUUUAUUGUGAAAGUUUUU